GUGCCGGUGCCGCCGCCGCCGCUCUGCGCCCCCGGGCCGCCCGCCCUGUCCGCGGCCGCCAUGGGCUCCCUGCUCAGCCGGCGCAUCGCGGGCGUGGAGGACAUCGACAUCCAGGCCAACUCGGCCUACCGCUACCCGCCCAAGUCCGGAAACUACUUUGCAAGUCACUUCUUUAUGGGAGGUGAGAAGUUUGACACCCCUCACCCUGAGGGUUACCUUUUUGGUGAGAACAUGGACUUAAACUUCCUUGGAAAUAGACCAGUUCAGUUUCCCUACAUAACUCCAGCUCCACACGAGCCAGUGAAGACACUGAGGAGUUUGGUGAACAUCCGCAAGGAUUCUCUCCGACUUGUCAGGUACAAAGAUGAUGUUGACAGCCCUACUGAGGAGAAUGGGAAGCAGAAGGUGCUGUACAGCCUGGAGUUCACCUUUGAUGCAGAUGCCCGUGUUGCCAUCACAAUCUACUGCCAGGCUACAGAGGAGUUUGUUGGUGGCAUGGCCGUAUACAGCACAAAGAAUCCCUCUCUGCAGUCUGAGACAGUUCACUACAAGAGAGGGGUAAGCCAGCAAUUCUCCCUGCCUUCCUUCAAGAUUGAUUUCUCAGAGUGGAAGGAUGAUGAGCUGAACUUUGACUUGGACCGUGGCGUGUUCCCUGUGGUCAUCAGAGCAGUGGUGGAUGAAGGGGAUGUGGUGGUUGAGGUCACUGGUCAUGCCCAUGUUCUUCUGGCUGCAUUUGAAAAGCACGUUGAUGGCAGUUUUUCUGUGAAACCACUAAAACAGAAGCAGAUUGUUGACCGGGUGAGCUACCUGCUUCAGGAGAUCUACGGCAUCGAGAACAAAAACAACCAGGAGACCAAGGCACCCAAGAAGCCCAAGGAUGACAGACCCUCCCUGGUGUCAGGCCCAAGCAUUCAGUGGAGUUGUGCUGAGCCUUCAGACGACGAGAACAGCGACAACAGCAACGAGUGCGUGGUGUGCCUGUCGGACCUGCGGGACACCCUGAUCCUGCCCUGCCGCCACCUCUGCCUCUGCAACUCCUGCGCCGACACGCUGCGCUACCAGGCCAACAACUGCCCCAUCUGCAGGCUGCCCUUCCGUGCCCUGCUGCAGAUCCGGGCGGUGAGGAAGAAGCCGGGGGCUCUGUCACCAGUGUCCUUCAGCCCUGUCCUGGCACAGAGUGUGGACCAUGAUGAGCACUCUAGCUCUGACAACAUCCCUGCAGGCUACGAGCCCAUCUCACUGCUGGAGGCACUGAACGGGCUGCGCUCGGUGUCGCCCUCGCUGCCCUCGGCCCCUCUCUACGACGAGAUCUCCUACUCAGGGGUGGUGGAUGGGAUGGCCCCUGCCAGCCGCCCCCUCGGGGCCAUGGACAGAGCCCUGGAGGGUGCCCACCAAAAGGGCAAGCGCAGCAAGUCUCCAGACAGCACACUACGGUCUCCCUCAUCCCCAAUCCACGAGGAGGAUGAGGAGAAGCUCUCUGAGGACUCCGACUCGCAGGCGGUGCUGAGCGGGGGUGAACUGGUCCUGAGGGAGACCAGCUCUCCAGAGAGCGUGGCAGGAGAAGAGAUGGAGGAGGCCUCAUCGGUGCAGCAGGGUAGCCGCCCGCCCUCGGUGGAAGAUGUGCUGCAGGACGGCGGCUGCGAGAGCCGGAGCCUGACGCGCUCCGAGAGCGACGCCCCGGUCGAUGUCUUCCUGCCAGGCUCGUCCGACUUCACCAAGACGCUCCCCGUCCGCGGCACCGGCAGCCCCACGCAGCCCCUUCUCUUCGAGCAGACCCGUCUGCACCUGGAGGACGAGCAGAGCCUUUCGUGAGCGGGGCCGGGCCCUGCCCGUGCCGCCGGGCCCGCCGGGCUCUCCGGGACGCAGCGCGGGGUGUCUGUGGCACGGACACGGUUUCGGCACAGCCUGUGCAUGUUUCCUGGCGGUGGGUAGGGGCUGGUGUCGUGUUUGUCCGUGGGAGGUGUCUGUGGGGCCGGGGCGGGGUUUUUGGUCCGAGUCGGCUGAUGAAGGACACUACGAUGUAUAUUUUGUACUUACCGAGCACAGCCCUUUGCUGUCACUGCCCUGUACAUAGCUGUGGCCCUCCCUGCCUUGCCGGGCCGCAGGGCUCCGCGGCAGCGGGGGAAUGCGGGGGUCAGCCAAGGCCCGGCCCGAGGCAGUCACGGGGGGGACCGGGGGGUCCUGCCCCGCCCCGGCCCGUUCGGGGUGACCCCCACGCCCCCCGUUCCCGCAGAGCCCGGCGCUGCCCACGCCGUGUGCCUUGUUCUGCUUCUGCGGGGGGUCCCGGGGCACGUCCCCCCCCCCCUCCCCGUCUAUGUUUGUAGUAAUAAACCCGUGGAGCAGC